GCCUCAGCUCCAGCUCCGUGGCAGCACACACACACGUGCACACGUGUGUACCCACAGCAAAACAGCCUCGCCCAGGGCGUGCGCCGCCAGAGUGGGUCGCGGUGGUCACAGCGGCACGGCUCAGCGUCACCCUCAUCCCCUGCAUGCAGCCCCUCCAGAGGAUGGCUGGGUGGGCUGGGGACCCGGAGCGGUGACGGGGGGCUUCUGGCCACCACACGCCAGGGCUGGCACAGCUGCCAGCCACCAGUACCCUCAGCAUCCCCCCGCUUUUGUUUUCCAUGCCGCGACCUGCUGAAAUCUGGAGCGCAGCUACCUCUCAGCCCCGCACCCCAGAAAUCCUGGCGCGGCGUCUGCGUCGUUAAGUGCUUACAGAGCCUAAUGAUCCCCUUAGGAAGGGCAGGCGCAAGCAGGUGUGGCACGGCGGGUGGGGGAAACCUGUAGAUCAUGUCUGGAAGAAAUAAACCUUGUGACACUCCGGCUGGUUACCCACGGGAAACACGGGAACAGCCAUCCCCGACCAAGCGGCACCGCGUGUCCCCCUCGGUGUGACCCACCAGGCUCCACAUCCCCCUGAGGGUGUUUCACCCCCAGCAUCCCUGCACUGCGGGACAUGGCUGCCCGGAGAGUCGCCAUCAUCGGUGCCGGUGCCUCUGGGCUGUGCGCCCUGAAGUGCUGCCUGGACGAAGGGCUGGUACCCACCUGCUUUGAGAGAAGCGGGGACAUCGGGGGGCUCUGGCGCUUCGAGGAGCACCCCGAGGAGGGCCGCGCCAGCAUCUACCGCUCCGUCAUCAUCAACACCUCCAAGGAGAUGAUGUGCUUCAGCGACUUCCCCAUCCCCGAGAACUUCCCCAACUACAUGCACAACUCCAAGAUCAUGGAGUACUUCCGCAUGUACGCCCGGCGCUUCGACCUGCUCCGCCACGUCCGCUUCAGGACCAGCGUGUGCCGCGUGUCCAAGCGCCCCGACUUCGCUGCCACGGGCCAGUGGGAGGUGGUGACGGAGAGCGAGGGGAAGCAGGAGGCGGCCGUCUUCGACGCCGUGCUGGUGUGCACCGGGCACCACACCGAGGCACACCUCCCGCUGAGCACCUUCCCAGGGCUUGAAAAAUUUGAGGGUUGGUACCUGCACAGUCGGGACUACAAGAGCCCCCAGUCCUUUUCAGGGAAGCGAGUGGUCGUGGUCGGCACCGGGAACUCAGGCAUUGACAUCGCAGUGGAGCUGAGCCAUGUAGCCAAGCAGGUCUUCCUCAGCACCAAGCGUGGGACCUGGGUGCUGCACCGGGUGGCGGAUGGCGGAUACCCCUUUGACUUCUCCUACCUCAGCCGCUUCACGCAGCUUCUCCACAGCCUCCUGCCUCAAAACGCCACCAAUUUUUUCCUGGAGAGAAAAAUGAACGCCCGCUUUGACCACACACUCUACGGCCUGCAGCCCCAGCACCGGAUCCUUGACCAGCACCCGACCAUCAACGACGACCUGCCCAACUGCAUCAUUUCGGGCAGGGUGCUGGUGAAGCCAAACAUCCAGGAGUUCACAGAGACAUCUGCCGUCUUUGAGGACGGCACCAGGGAAGACAUCGAUGCUGUGAUCUUUGCCACGGGAUACAGCUUCUCCUUCCCCUUCCUUGAAGGCUACGUGAAGGUGGUGGAGAACCAGAUAUCUCUCUACAAAUUCAUGUUCCCCACUGACCUGGAGAAGCCAACGCUGGCUUUCAUCGGCUUCAUCCAGCCCCUGGGUGCCAUCAUGCCCAUCUCUGAGCUCCAGUGUCGCUGGGCCACUCAUGUCUUCAAGGGGCUGCAGGACCUGCCACCGUCUGCCGACAUGCUGGCUGACAUCGCGCAAACCAAGGAGAAAAUGGCCAAGAGGUACGUGAAGAGCCAGCGGCACACCAUCCAGGUGGAUUACAUCCCCUACAUGGACGAGCUCGCCUGCCAGGUGGGGGUCAAGCCCAACCUGCUCGCCCUCUUCCUCACCGACCCCAAGCUGGCGCUGGAGGUGGCCUUCGGGCCCUGCACGCCGUACCAGUACCGCCUGCGGGGCCCGGGCGAGUGGGUGGGUGCCAGGGAAGCCAUCCUCACCCAGCGGCAGCGUAUCAUCAAGCCCCUGCAGACGCGGCACAUGGAGAAGGAAGCAUCGGCCCUUGCCAUGCCCCUCGUCUUCAAGCUAGUUGGGGCCGUGGCCGUCCUCGCUGUCAUUUUUGCUUACUUGUAGGUGCCCUACAAGUGCAGGAAGGGAGGUUUUGUGAUGUGCUGGGGGGGGGCGCUGCCCGGUCCCCCCCUGCCCUGCGGCAGCCUGUCCGUCCCAGUGCUGGCAGGAGCCCUCCUCCUGCCUGGCACGGCCCCACCGCGGCCGCACCGCGAGCUCAGGGUGCACGGAGCCUCCCUGGCUGCUGAAAUAACGCCUCUGCGCCCGCUCUGCACCUCCCCCUGGAGAGCCGCUGCUGGGGACGGACAAGGAAACCUGCUCACACACAGGAUAAAAUCCAGUCCCUCUUUGAGCAGCGCUUUUGACCCAGCGGGGACUUAUCAGCUUCUCUGUUGCCGAUAACCCAUCUAAGCCACCACUGGCACACUCACGUGAGAGCCAAGUAGCAAAAGCACAGCAGACUUCCUAACUGGAUAAAAGUGUGUUAAACAGA